UCAUCGCGUUUUCUUGAAGACCCCACCCUGCGCAAACCGGAAGACAACAGCCAUUUUUCUCUCUCUCCUUUUGAUACGAUGCGAAUGUGCCACUGUCAGACACUUAUCCCUGACGAUAUCUAAAAAAAACAAAACAAUAAAAUGCCCUUAUUUGAUGGCCUGGGGAGCGGAGGAGAGAAGACUGCGAUCGUUAUUGACUUAGGAGCAGCGUACACAAAAUGUGGCUUUGCAGGGGAAACGGGGCCCAGGUUCAUCAUACCGAGCGAGAUCCGGAAACCUGGACAGCAGCAGGCCGUCAAGGUGGUUCAGUACAACAUCAACACAGAAGAGCUUUAUGUCAUCCUCAAAGAGUUCAUCCAUUUACUGUACUUCAGGCACCUGCUGGUGAAUCCUCGAGACAGAAGAGUCGUCAUCAUCGAGUCCAUCCUCUGCCCGUCUCACUUCCGAGAGACACUCACCAAGGUUUUCUUCAAACAGUUUGAGGUGCCCUCUGUGCUGUUUGCUCCAAGUCACCUCAUGGCCAUCAUGACUUUGGGUAUCAACUCUGCUCUGGUGAUGGACUGUGGCCACACAGAGACGCUGGUGCUGCCCGUCUAUGAGUGCACUGCAAUUCUUCCAGCCUGGGAGGCAUUGCCUUUGGGAGGAAAAGCCAUCCAUAAAGAAUUAGAAGGGCUUCUUGUGGAACAAUGCACCGUGGACACAGACACCACCACGGGACAGAGUGUACCAGCUGCCAUUGGGACCAUCCCAGAGGACACAGUAGAAGAUAUCAAGGUCAGAACGUGCUUCGUCAGCGACCUGCAGAGAGGCCUCAAGAUUCAGGAAGCCAAAUUUAACCUGGAUGGCACAGCUGAACGCCCGGCCCCUCCUCCAGACGUCGAUUAUCCUCUAGAUGGCGAGAAGAUCCUUCACGUCAAAGGAUCCAUCAGGGAUUCGCUGAUGGAGAUCCUGUUCGAACAGGACAACGAGGAGAAGAGUGUGGCUUCUCUGAUACUUGACGCUCUGGUGAAGUGCCCCAUUGACACCCGCAAGGUUCUGUCGGAGAACCUGGUGGUGAUCGGAGGCACGGCCAUGCUGCCGGGUUUCCUGCACCGCCUGCUGGCGGAGAUACGCCUCCUGGUGGAGAAACCCAAGUACAGCAGCGUGCUGGCCAGCAAGAGCCUUCGAAUUCACGCUCCACCCGCCAAGCCCAACUGCACCGCCUGGCUCGGAGGCGCCGUCUUCGGGGCGCUGCAGGACAUCCUGGGCAGCCGGUCGGUGUCCCGAGACUACUACAACCAGACGGGCCGCAUCCCGGACUGGUGCUGCCUGAGCUCCCCUCCGCCUGAAUCUGUGUACGAGGCGGGGAAGACGCCUCCUCCGCCGCUGAUGAAGAGGGCCUUCUCCACGGAGAAGUAGCGCGCGGACGACUCGGAUAGCGCGUCCAUUGUAAAGCAGUUCAGUUGUCCUCAAUGUAGCAUCUCGUCAUCCUAGACACACAAAACCGCUCCAAGUCUCUGAUCACACCUCACCGGAAGGCACAAACGUUGUGUUUUUAGGCGAUCACGGUGAUAUUCUACAUGGGUCACAGAGUUCGGAGUUCCCACGUUUCAUUGGGCGUCUCAGCAGAAAAGGUUUCAGACGAUGACCAAGACGCGCGGCCGAAAACCGCUGCUUUGCUGUGGAGGAGGCAGAUGUUGUUCCGUGGAGACCUGAAUAGUAUUUUGGUUUAUUUGACCGUAAUGUCCCAUAAAGCCCCCCCCAUGUAUUUAUUGUAUGGUUAUAUGGUGUGAAGUGGUUGUUGAACUCAAUAAAAGCCCUGUACAGCUGAAUUUAACUACUAAAACUGAGCAUAACGUGUUAUAAUUCAUUAAAAUCAAGAUAUUUAGUAAAUCUACAUUUAUCUGAAUUUACAUUCACUGAAUAUUUUUGGAAUUGGUUUUAUAUUUAGAUGAAAUUACUUUAUAUUUAUUGAAAUUUAAUGAUUUAUACUACUAAGCUUGGUCAAAUUGGAUUUGAUUUACUGAAUAAAAUAAGUUCCAUCAACUCA